GUAGAACGCACCGCCGCGUCCACGAGGCCAAAGCGAACUCCCAAACCAACCACCGUUGCUGCACCUUCGGCUCCUGCUCCAAAACCCAAGAAGAAGAUCACUGCCACCAACAAGAAAGCCGCUCCAAAGAAGUCAGUCACAGGCUCCAAAGUCAGGAAGCUUUCCCGUCCUAAGAGGACUCCCAAAAAGGCAGUUCCUAAAAAGGAUGCUUCCAAGAAAUCCGCUCCCAAGAAAGCUGCCUCCAAACCAGCCGUUCCAACGUACGAGAAGUGGGUCGUCAAAGCCGAUGGCAGCAAUCCACUGGGUCCCGCAGCUCAAAAGAAGAUCGACGACAGAAAAGCAGCUGAAAAGGUGCACAAAGCCAUGUACAGUGCAAUCGAUGCCCGAUACACUCUUGAUUUCAUCAAAUCUCUGAGAACCAGGUACUCGAACGGCAGGGCUGUGGGCGCUUUCAGAGACAUCGACAGCUUCGAAGCCUUUCUCGAAUGGAGCAAGGAAGUCGACGAGCAAGCAUGGGAGAUAGCCCACAAGCAAAAGAUUGGUUCCAUUGAAAGCCAAUACACUUCAAAACAAGCUGAUAAAAUGAUCGAAGAAAUGCAUGAGAAGCAGAGCAGGGGUGAGAUCCCUCAUAUCAGCCACAUGACGGAUUUCUUGUACUGGAAGGAGAUUGAGAAGGAGCGAGAGAGGAUCGUUGAAGAGUACAGGGUCAAGGAAUUCAGACAGCAGCAACAAAAGGGGAAUGGAAAUGGAAAUGGAAAUGGCAAAGGGAACAGAAACGCAAACGUCAGUGCCAUCAGCUCCCCGGUCAAGAAAGCGCAGAACACCAUCGUUAAUGCGAGUCCAGUGAAGAGAGUCCAGGAAGCGGUUACUGGAGGCAGCAAGAGCAAGCCUAACAGUCCUCAGAAGAGGCCAAACAGUCCACAGAAGAAGAUGAACAGUAAUGACAGCGGAUACCAGGCUGAUAAUGAGCAGCAGGGUGUUAUGAGUAGGACCUGGGAGCUUGCUGCUAAUGCUGUCGAGGCCAUGAGGAGUGCGGUCGUCCCGGAGUAG